GCAGGGGGAGCAGGCAGCCUUGUAGAACGCCUUGUGAAUGGAACACCCAUUGGCACAGCAUGCCCCUGUCCUCCUGGAGGAGCUCACUUCAGCCUGUGCCGGAGUCCGAGCGCCUCACAUCACGGGGCUCAGUGAACUUUCCCCUCAGCACUUUCCUACCGGAUUGGAGAAGUCGUCACAGGCAGCUGGGCAUGAGCUCCAUGGACAGGAGGGCUAUAUGUAAGGGAAAACACGCUGAUGUAAUGAAGGAAAAAUGAAGUUUCCCAGUAACUAGGUGGACACUUAUUUGUAUUCUGUCAUCCUGUACCAACACAGUUCACUUUGUGUGAUCUCAAGGAUAUAGCACACCUAUAAAAGCCAUGUCUAUAGGACUAAAGCAAGUAUUUAACAAAGACAAGACUUUCAGGCCUAAAAGAAAAUUUGAUCCUGGCACACAGAGGUUUGAGUUACAUAAACGGGCACAAGCUUCUUUAAGUUCUGGAGUUGACUUGAAAGCCACAGUUCAACUUCCCAGUGGGGAAGACCUGAAUGACUGGGUGGCUGUUCACGUGGUUGACUUUUUCAAUAGGAUUAACCUCAUCUAUGGUACCAUAUGUGACUUUUGCACUGAAAGGACAUGUCCUGUUAUGUCUGGAGGUCCAAAAUACGAGUAUAGAUGGCAAGAUGACAUGAAAUACAAGAAGCCCACUGCCUUACCAGCACCUCAGUAUAUGAACCUUCUCAUGGAUUGGAUUGAAGUACAAAUCAACAAUGAAGAUAUAUUCCCUACAAGUGUAGGAGUCCCUUUCCCAAAGAACUUUCUUCAGAUCUGCAAGAAAAUUCUGUGCAGACUGUUCCGUGUGUUUGUCCAUGUGUAUAUUCAUCACUUUGACCGUAUCUUACUCAUGGGAGCAGAAGCACAUGUUAAUACCUGCUACAAGCACUUUUACUACUUUGUAACAGAACUGAACCUCAUAGAUCGCAAGGAGCUAGAACCACUGAAGGAGAUGACCGUACGAAUGUGCCAGUGAAUGAGAUGACCAAGAAGAAAUGUCCUCCUCCAUUUAGCACAGUGGAUGUUACCCUGUGUGACUGACCCAACUGGAUUGUGGUUCUGUUACCAGACUUCAACUAUGCUGCUAGUCAAGUUCUGAAGUUGGUGGAACUGGAAAAUGAAGCAAAACCUUUGAGUGGGAUAUUAUAUUACUAUGUAGCAGAGUAUCAGUAGAAUCCAGGGCCUUGGCAAACAUGUCCAUGGUAUUUAAAUAUUUCAUUUGUACUAACUCAUUUAAUAACAAAAACUUUUAAGGGAACUCAGAUAUUCUUAAGCUAGGUAUACAUUUUGCCAAUGUCAUCCACCAAUAAGAAGUGUUGGUAACAAUGUGGUGAUAAAUCUAACAUUCAGAACAGAUUCUAAGUGGUACUGAACAUAUUAAUGUAAUGCAUUGCCUUUAGUACCAAUUGGGCUUCUUCUAGGGAACACCUAUUUACCUGUGAACUAAAAGUGAUGGAAUAGACUAAAUUCACUAUCUGCAUCAUGUUAUAGGCAUUAGAAUCUAUCAUUCAUGUAAAUGGCAAAUGUUCAUAAUUGUACUAUAAUAUGGGUUGAACACAAUGGAGACUUGGUUUGUGCUAGUAUAGGAGGGGACAGAAACAGAGAAUAUUACUGCAGGAAAGGUUUGAUCUUGUAGAAUCUGAGCCUUACUCUUCUUCUAAACAGUGCACCAGCAGUUGAAAGCACAUAAAAGGUUUGUAUGGCUUUCCUUAAGAGAAUGUUUCAUUAUCUUCAAGCCACAAAAAAUAUUCCUUAAUCCUUCUUACUUGAAUCUGAGUUACAGAAAAAGUGGAUUUUUGUUUGUUACAGGAAUACAGUUAUGCCCCAUGCAUCACAUGCAUCACAUUUCGGGCUCUGAUGCUACUACACAUCAGAAUAUCUUGAAAAUAGUAUUUUGAAGUAUACUGCAGCAUAUCUGCAGCCCGGCCAUAGACAUUUACAGAUAGAACAUACCUGUUUUUAGUCACUACUUCUGGUCUAUUUCCUGAACGUAUAUGUUUUGUUUGUAUGACACAAAAAUACUACAUUUCACGACGAUUUAUGAAACAGAACAGUCACUAGUAGACUACACAGAGUCAAUGGCUGUGCCACAGGUAUUCAGUAGUAUACAUCGGUAUAUCCCUUUUAAGGUAUCCUGAUGUAAACUGGCAUCAAAACACUAAAGCAAUGUGAAUAGGCACACAUAGUUAAUCUGCUAGAGGUUUUAUGCUUUAGAUUUUACUAUUGUUUUACUAGCAUAAAAUCUGCAGAAGAUUAUGUACAUGUGACCAUACUCUAAGAGUGGUCUUUAGAGAAUCAAUGGGUCUUCUGGUCAUUAAGAACUUUUAGAAACACUGUUGCCUCUGUCAUUAAAGGUCUGCUUUUUUGGGAUUAUCUUUGCAAAAAAUAAAAAACAGGUAGACCAUAUUUUAAUCUCAUACUAAAUAAUGUUUUUCAAAAGAGGUUGUAAAACCUCCUACCAUAUGUUGGACCCUGAGACAUACUAUAAUGAUGAUGGUUUUCUCUGCUGACAGCUUUGCCAUGGACAUUCUGAUCAUUUUUUAGCCAUGGACAAACCAGAAUGUUAAAGGGGUACUCCAGUGGAAAA